UUCACAACCGCCACCUCCCCUACCGCCCACCCAUUCCUCUCCGCCGCCGCCGCCGGCACGCUCCCCAAACCCCGCCUGGCCGCCUGGCUGGCCCAAGACCGCCUCUACAUCCACGCCUACAUCCGCUUCAUCGGGGCGCUGCUCGCCAAGCUCCAGCUCCCUGUGCCUGUGCCUGUGCCUGUGCCUCACGCAACCCAAACCAACCCCAACAACACCGACCAAAUCGAAACCCAAACCCUUGAAACCCAAACCCUGCACACCCUCACGGCAGCCCUGACCAACAUCGUCCGCGAACUCGACUUCUUCGUCGCCGUCGCCGACGAAUACGCCCUCGAUCUGAACACGCCGUUCCAGGUCCCCCAACCCGAACCGGGGGAAGCACCAGCACCAGCACCAGCACCAGCCGCCAGCGCCUUCACCGCCUCGCCCAUAACAACCGCGUACACGGAUCUCUUUAUCUCGGCGGGAUCGGCGGGGACGUCCUUGCUGGAGGGGUUGGUCGUGCUCUGGGCGACGGAGGUGUGUUAUCUGACCGUGUGGCGGAAUAAGUUGAUUCCCAAUUGGACGUGUGCCGAGUUCGAGGAGUUCGUGGAGGGGAUUACGUGCUUGGUUGAUAAAGUGGCGGAGCGCGAGGUGCAGCGGAGUUCGGCGGGCCCGGAGAAGGCGUGGGAGGAGGUGGUCGAGCGGUGUGCGCGGUGGUGGAGGCAGGUGGUUUGGCUGGAGGGGCAGUUUUGGCCGGAGGUUUAG